UACUUCCUGUUUACAAAAUUAAACUAGAAAAUUUCAAAAUACACCUUAAAAAAAAAAUACGCGAUGGCAUACCCAACAGGACAACAAUUUCAGGCCGGCUCAUCAGCAGUUCCAUCAUCUCAAGUAGAAAUCAGUGUUUCAUGCAGGGGUUUGAGAGAUUGUGAUGUGCUGUCAAAGUCAGAUCCAAUGGUUGUGGUAUUUAGUAAAGAUCUAAAAUCUGAUCAGUACUAUGAAUUUGGAAGAUCAGAGGUUAUUCAGGAUAACUUGAAUCCAGAUUUUGUGAAGAAGUUUGUGAUGAAUUAUUUUUUUGAGGAAAGUCAAAAACUAAAGUUUGAAGUAUAUGAUGUAGAUUCUAAAACAGCUAGACUAGAUGCACAUGAUUUUAUUGGAAGAUUAGAAGUGACAUUGGGAGAAAUUGUUGGAUCACCAAAUGGUGUUAUGAAGAGACCACUUAAGGGACCAGUAGCAAAGAAUGGAGACAUUAUCAUUCGAGCAGAAGAAAUGAGCAACUGCAAAGAAAUCAUCACACUACAGUUUAAAGCUAACAAAUUAGAUAAAAAAGAUUUCUUUGGAAAAUCGGACCCCUACUUAGAAUUUCAAAGAUCAAAUGAAGAUGGCAGUUUCACUGUUGUUCAUCGUACAGAGGUUAUUAAAAACUCAUUAAACCCAACAUGGCAGCCAUUUACUGUACCAGUGAAGACAUUAUGUAAUGGAGACCAUGCAAGGGUAAUCAAGGUUGUAUGUAAUGACUGGAACAGUGAUGGCAGUGUUGAUCUGAUUGGAGAAUUUACCACAACAAUAAGCGAAAUCAGUAGAGGACCAGGAUCCAGUAAUCAGUAUAGUCUUGUAAAUCCCAAAAAGAAAGAAAAAAAGAAAAAGUAUGUAGACUCGGGACAGGUGUAUCUAAUGUCAAACAGUAUAGAAUAUCAACAUACAUUUUUAGACUACAUCCAGACAGGCAGCACACAAAUGAAUUUCACAGUAGCUAUAGAUUUCACUGCAUCCAAUGGAAACCCAAGUAAUCCAUCAUCACUACAUUAUCUUAAUCCUUAUGGUUCUCCUAAUCAGUAUUCUGCUGCAAUCAUGGCUGUAGGGGAGAUAAUUCAAGACUAUGACAGUGAUAAAUUAUUUCCUGCCUUAGGAUUUGGUGCUAGAAUGAGUGAUAAUUCUGUUCAUCACGACUUUGCUUUGAAUUUCAAUCCUUCUGAUUCUCAGUGUCAGGGUAUAAAGGGAGUGUUAGAUGCUUAUUACCAUUCCUUAAAAAAUGUACAAUUAUAUGGACCAACAAACUUUUCUCCUGUCAUAAAUAGGGUUGCAGGCUUUGCAGCACAACAGCAAGACGGAUCAAAUUAUCAUGUACUUUUAAUCAUAACAGAUGGAGUAAUCACUGACAUGGAACAAACUAAAAAUGCCAUUGUACAAGCAUCCAGAUUACCUAUGUCUAUUAUAAUUGUUGGUGUUGGAGAUGCAGAUUUUGAAGCAAUGAACAUAUUGGAUGGUGAUGAUGUAAGAGUGUCAUAUAAUGGACAGUAUGCUGAUAGAGAUAUUGUACAGUUUGUUCCUUUCCGGGACUUUAUUAGAAAUGGUACCAGUAUGCUCACAAGUCAGGCUGCUCUUGCUAAAGAAGUUUUGGCUGAAAUUCCUGACCAGUUUCUGCUGUACAUGAAGAAAAGAGGUGUUAAACCAAGACCUAGAACAACAGCUCCACCUAUGUAAACAUUUUUAAAUUAAUGGACUUAAUGUGUUCAUCAUUUUCCCAGAAUUAUGAUUUAAAACCUUGUUUUUCAGGCUAGGGCUAAGAGAGGGUAAAUCAACGCCUGGUGGUUAAGGUUUGUCAGACUCCUAAGAGGUGAAUACCGAAGGCAUGAAGGGUGUCCUACUUCAGCAUAGAAAUGAAAAAGUUGUAAUGACACAUCAGUUCCUUUGUUGUGUCCUUACUACUUUCUAAUGUUUUAUUGAUUGAUACCAUUUUCAUUAAGAUCUGAAAAUCUUAAUGCUCUACUUUUUAUAUCUAUUUAUUAGAUAUUAUCGUUUUUACACACACAAGAAUGUUGUGAAACCAAUAACCUUUGGCAGAUGAAAGAUGUAGAAAAAACUUUCACAAGUCUCACAAUAGAACCCUUGGAAUGAUUUAAAAAAGACAAAAAAAAGCAGGAAAAUGUUGUAAGAUAUUAAAAAGAUUCAACACAGAAUAAUUAGUUUCAUGUAAGGUUAGAAAUAUUGAUGAAUAAGAAACUGCUUUAAUUGACGAAACUAUCUCUCUUUUGUAAUUUUGUUUUUAUAUCAGGAUGUUGUCCUAGGUGCCAUAUUGAAUCAGAAGUGUCACAGCAAAUUUGUGUAUUUUGUAUUUUGUAUUUAAUUAUUCUUUUAAGUGCAUAUCAUCAUAUUAAAAAGUGACCUUUGCUUCUUCUGGUGUGCAAUGUAAUCCACAAUUCUAUAGAUUGAAUACAGUAUCCAAAUUUAUACAUUUAUUUGAGCUCAACAACUGACCCUUAAUUAUCUGUCAUAAGUGUGCUUUUAUUGUUCUGUGUAAAUGAUUGAUUUGGGUUUUAUUUAAUGACAAGUCAACCAAGCCUUGCAAAUGAGCUUUAGGCAUGAGGAAAUCAUUAACAUUAGAAACAUAAAAUUCAUUCAAUUGCAAGAACUUUAAAGUGAGAUGCAGAAUGUUAAUAUUUUUUUCUAUUUAAAUUUUUUUUUUUUUUUUUUUACCAAUACAUUUUUUUUCAUUUUCAAUAAUUUGUGUACAGUUAGAAAGAUACUUGAACAGUUGUUGAAAUUUGACUUAUUAACAGUUAGGCUGUUCUUGCUUUGUUUGUUAGUCCAUUUAAAGCAAAAAGAUAUAAUCUCCUAAGGUUGUUGGUAAUUAUUAGAAGUUUAACAUCCAGGAUUUAAAAAAAAAGAAUAAUCACAUAUUCAUACUUGUGAAAGUGAAACUAAUAGAUUAGAAACAAUAAAAUGUUUAUUCAUUAACCAUAUUUGCUUCUUUAUAAGGAAUCCUUUCCACAACAUCUAAUCCACCAUUAGUAAGAGCAAAUAUUGUCAUAUAUCACAAACGAAGUAAACACCUAGUUUGACUUCUCUUUAAGUACGGGUAGUCUUUCAAAUGUAUCUUACGUUAUUACAUACAAUACAAUGCAUAUGUAAUAAAACAGGGUUUUAUUAACUAAACAUGUGUUCCGACUUGGUUAGUUCUCUAAUUCAAUAUGAUUUAUGAAUUUAUAAAUGAAUAUUUGUGAAAUUAUUAAUUAUGUAUUAUUUUAUUACUUAUAGUUAUAUUAACAAAUUUUAUUAUUCAUUAAAUGUGAUAUAUAAGUAUAGUAUUAGGGUAGAUUUUUACAUCUCAUUAGUACAUUGUUAUUGCUUCAAUUAGAUUCAUUGAUAUACAAACACUGAGUAGUUCAGAUGCAUGAAGAAUAAAAUGUAUGAAUUACUUUGAACCCUUAUACACUUGUUUAUUCAUUUCUAUGAAAGGCAUUACUUUUUUCCACUGAUCUGCUCAAUUUGAAAUUGACAAUGUAUUAACAGCUGAUACUAUUGCCAAAAUGAAAUAUCUUGCUUCAGUGACUGAAACUUAAAUUCAACUAAGCUCUCUGUUUUCAACUGCUGAUAUUUUGUAAAAAAGCUUUACAUAAAAUUUUAAAUCAAAUAGACCAUUUGCAAGAUUUAAGUGAGCACAAUUGAUUGCUGUAAUGCUGUACAGUCAACUCUCGUUAUGUCGAAUUGCUUGGGACCAGAGAAAUUAAUUCGAAUGAAGCAAAUGUCGAGAUACAUGUAUAAGGAGUAAAUGUGUAAACUUAUUGCUGUUGAGGGUCCAAACACUCUGUUCGAGUUAUCCAGACUUUCAACUUAAAUGUGUUCGAGAUAACGAGAGUCAACUGUAUAUCGUUACAUUAUUAUUCAGAAAAAUGUCUUGGUACAUGUUACAUUGUAUACAAUAGUUUUGAUAAUUUUAAAAGUUGUUUUAACCUCAUUUUAAGUUAGAGAAUUUUACAUUUUUCAUAAUAUUAUUUUUUUUAUGUUACAAUAAAUAUUUAAAUAUCUUAAA